AUGAGAAACAUUGUUUUUCAAGAGCCGGAGAUUUACGAGAACUAUGAUCCGGUGAGACGCCUCAGUAAAAUGUGGGAUUCUAUUCGGGUUCCAAUAAUCGUCCCCCUUUUGCGCUUUGCGGUUUAUCUAUGUCUGGGCAUGUCCAUCAUGCUUUUCCUUGAAAGGGUAUACAUGGCAAUUGUGAUUGUCUUUGUCAGAAUCCUAAGGAAGAAAAAGUACACCAAGUACCAGCUAGACGCCAUAAAGGAAGAUCUUGAGAUGAACCGAAACUACCCCAUGGUGUUAGUUCAGAUCCCUAUGUUUAACGAGAAGGAGGUUUAUAAGCUAUCCAUUGGAGCAGUAUGUAGCCUAUCAUGGCCAUCAGAUCGGCUUAUCGUGCAGGUUCUCGAUGACUCCACCAAUGAAGAACUAAGGCGCUUGGUGGAAUUGGAAUGCCGCAAAUGGAUAGCAAAAGGAGUUAAUGUCAAGUAUGAAACAAGAAACAACAGGAAUGGGUAUAAGGCCGGUGCCCUUAAGGAAGGCCUAAGGAAGGAUUAUGUCGAGGAUUGCGAAUUUGUUGUAAUAUUUGAUGCUGAUUUUCAGCCAGAUGGUGAUUUCCUGUGGAGGACUAUCCCUUACCUACUCGAAAACCCAGAGUUGGCCUUGGUUCAGGCAAGGUGGAAAUUUGUGAAUGCCGACGAAUGUUUGAUGACUCGACUCCAAGAGAUGUCUCUUCACUAUCACUUCGGUGUCGAGCAGGAAGUUGGCUCCUCGACUUGCUCAUUCUUUGGCUUCAACGGAACUGCCGGGGUUUGGCGUAUCAAAGCACUGCAUGAUGCUGGUGGCUGGAAAGACAGGACAACAGUGGAGGACAUGGACCUGGCGGUUAGAGCAAGCCUCAAGGGCUGGAAGUUCCUUUUUGUUGGUGACCUAGAGGUUAAAAAUGAGCUACCAAGCACAUUCAAAGCAUACCGAUACCAACAGCACCGCUGGUCAUGCGGGCCUGCUAACCUCUUCAGAAAAAUGUUUAAAGAAAUUAUCAUGUGUGAGCGUGUGUCGCUAUGGAAGAAAUGGCAUGUAAUAUAUGCUUUCUUUUUCGUGCGGAAGAUAAUAGCACACUGGGUUACCUUUUUCUUUUAUUGCAUAAUAAUCCCAGCAACAAUCUUGGUCCCAGAAGUCAAUCUUCCAAGGCCAUUAGCUAUAUAUCUUCCCGCAUGCAUCACCAUUCUCAACGCGCUCUCGGUUCUAAGGCACGAAUAUCCAGCUGAGAAAAUGAAAUUCAUUAGCUUUCAAUUUCACGUAAAAUUGUCUACGCAUCUGCUCGUCUUCUGGAUACUGUUUGAGAACGUCAUGUCUCUACACAGAUCGAAGGCAGCGAUCAUAGGUCUACUCGAGGCUAGUCGAGUAAAUGAGUGGGUUGUGACCGAGAAAUUAGGAAACACAAUGAAGCAAAGGACCAAUUUAAGAGCAUCCAAGAGGCCCCGAUCGCGCAUCAGAGAGAGGAUUCACAUCUUGGAGAUCCUAGUAGGGAUGUACUUGCUUCAUUGUGCGAUCUAUAAUAUGCUAUUUGGAUACAACCACUUUUUCAUUUACUUAUUACUACAGGCAGUGGCUUUCUUCAUUAUCGGUGUGGGGUAUAUAGGAACAUUUGUACCCACAUAA